CUUUCGUCGAUUAUAAACCCAAAUACUCACUCAUUCAUAUUAAAAUAUAUCUUUUCUCUCCCCCAAGAAAUGGAUAGAGAUCUAACUCUCACCAACCACCGUAAACCACCCUACUUCACCGCUCGAUGCUUGAGCUCUCCGUCGUCUUGUCUCUCAUUACUACAGAGGGAAACGGAGUACGCUCGAAUCAGUGACCACAACAAGAAGAGAAGGUCAAGUCCUAGGUUAAGGAAUUUCCUCAGAAGGAUACUGUUCAUGGUUACAAGCUGCGGACUCGAGAACGCAAAACCGAAGAGGUUGAUAAAGUUUCACUACGAUGCUGUGAGUUAUGCUCAGAACUUCGACGAUGGUUUUAACUUGCGCGAUGAUGAUCGAAAGGUUUUCAGAAGUCUCCGAGCACAGAGUCUCCGUCAAUAGCUAAUAAUAUAUUUGCUUUCUUUUUUGUUUUGUUAAAUUUUAUCCUCGAACAUGAUAUCAAAUUUCAUAUGUGCCCUCGAGUUUUGUUAAUUGCAUAUUUACGUGUAUCUUAUGAUUAUGUAUUUAUUUAAGAAAGUUUGUUACCAUAUUAAAA